AUGCAGUGGUUAUUGAAUCAUCCUAUGUUUAUUAAAAAUCAUCUAUAUGUUGCGGGUGAAUCCUACGGAGGCAAACUUACUCCAAUGGUAUCUGUGGAAAUACUACGAGGAAAUGAAGCACGACUUAGACCACAAAUGUCAUUCCAAGGAUACAUUAUAGGCAAUGGACUAACAGAUCCAAACACUGAUUUUAAUGCACGAAUUCCAUAUGCUCAUCGCUUGGCACUUAUAUCUGAUGAAUAUUUUGAGUUAGCAAAACUUAGUUGUGAUGGGAGAUAUUACAAUCGUGAUCCAAAUAAUGUGCAAUGUUUAUAUGCCCUUCGACGAAUCCAAGAGUGUUUAAGGAAUAUAAACCAAGUUCAAAUUUUGGGUGAGAAUUGUGGAUUUGCAGCAAGAAAACCAUAUGACUUUGGAUGGGAUCACACAUUUCGGGGAGACCAUUCAAUUGACCAUCUUGUCCUCCCAAAUGCAGAACAAGAGUGUCAAAAUAUUUUUGCAAUAUCUGAUUAUUGGGCAAAUGAUCCGACUGUUCAAGAAGCUCUUAAUAUUAGAAAAGGAACGAUGACAAAGUGGAGAACAUGCUAUGAUGGAAUAUCCUUUGAACCAAAUGUAGAGAGUGCACUUGAAUAUCAUAAAAUUUUGAUCAAGAAAGGAUACAAUGUUUUGGUAUACAACGGUGAUCAGGACAUGGCUGCACCAUAA